AUGAGCAUUCCGAAAGCGGUAGCGGCGACAAUCCGAUUGAGAGUUCCAGCCGGCGGCGCACGUCCAGCGCCACCAGUGGGACCCGUGCUAGGUCAAUACCGUCUAAACCUAAUGGCGUUCUGCAAAGACUUCAAUGCCCGAACUCAGAAAUUCAAGCCCGACACACCAAUGGCUGUUACAAUAACAGCUUACAAAGACAACACGUUUGAGUUCAUAGCGAAAUCUCCGUCCAUCUCGUGGUACCUGAAGAAAGCUGCCGGAAUCGAAUUAGGCAGUACUCGUCCCGGUCACGUGACCUCCACGACUCUGUCUCUUAAUUAUUACCAUGUUCAUAGUCUCAAAAAAGGGAAUGUUUGA